AUGGGCAAUGAGACUUCAAAAGGUUCUUCUGCAAAGAGUUCAGGUGGUGGUUUAGGACUGAAGUCUGGACCAUCAUCUAAUGUUGUACAAAGACAUAUUGAAAAUGCGAGAAAGAGUAGAAUACUACAAUUGAAAAAUACAGGAAUAAAGAAAUUGCCGGAUGCACUGCAGCAGGUCUCAGAUGUCAUUCGUAACUUAGAUUUAAGCUUUAACAAGAUUUGUGAAAUACCAUCUUAUAUUGGACAAUUUUCUCAUUUGAAACAAUUACAUCUUGGAAAUAAUAAACUGGAGAACCUACCCGAGGAGAUCGGCUCUUUGAAGAACUUGGAGGUUCUGUCAGUUCAAUGUAAUCUUCUUUCUAGUCUUCCUUCUACAUUAGCUGCUUGUACAUCUCUGAAAAAUAUUAAUUUAUCUUCAAACAACUUCACAUCAUUCCCGAUUGAAUUGUGCCAAUUGCUUUGUAUAGAAAUGAUUGACAUGUCGAACAACAAAAUCACUGCCGUCCCUAAGGAGAUAUCGACAUGCAGAGCUACUGAACUGAAUAUUAAUCAAAACAGAUUGGCUGUUCUUUCUGCUAGUCAUUUGAAAGAAUGCCCAAACCUCAAGUUCCUUCGUGUAGAAGAGAACUGCCUUCCUAAACAACAGUUCACGAAGGAUAUACUUGAGGACAGUAACAUCUCCAUAAUAGCCUUUGCUGGAAAUCUCUUCCAGGACAAAGAGUUCCAGGGAUUGGAUGGCUACGAUAGUUACCAAGAUAGAUACACUGCCACCAAGAGGAAAAUGUGA